AUGCGGACUCCACAAUUACAACAUCACUCCGCUUCGGCGAAAUACCCAAAGCGCCAAGCAGAGGCGGAAAUGAAGCCCGACAGAAACACGAAGAAGCAAAAGCGUGCAUGGGGCCAAUACGUCAGCACCAAAGAAUUUCGCGCUCCCAGCGAUUGGGGAAUGAAGCAACCCAUUGGCAUCACGCAAGCGGAAAUCCCGCUUACGAAUGCCCAGGCUUUUAGACUGCGGGGCUGGUUCUGGAGAAGGGGCCCUAAGGAUGCACCUGUCCCAGGCGGGGAAGAGGAUAGUACGACAUGUGAGAGUCCGCGAGGAACAAGAUUUCAGUAG